AUGGAACUACACAGACAUGAUGCUUCUCUCAUCUCGCUCGAGAGGAAACGUCUUCGCGACAGGAAGGCUCAGCGAACCAUGAAAGAGAAAAGGGAAUCUCAGAUUAGGAUUCUAGAAGAGAGGGUCGCAUUCUGCGAGAAAUAUCAUGGAGGUGACUGGAUACAUCAGUCGGGUCCACAGUCCAGUGAGAUGGAAAGUCUCCGUCGGGAAAACAGGACGUUGCACACCCGUCUAGAGUCCUUGCGCCAGAUGUUCGACUCAUGGGGUGGAGAUACUAGCUUCGAGCCGAGGGAGAGACAUAUACCAAUUCCGGGCCCUCUUACAGGCUCUAGAAGACCAACUGAGCCUUUGAUGCCGAGCAAGCCUCAACAAGAGGCCACACUUUCCGCUCCAGUGCCGCGUGAUUUUACAGACACCACCGACGGACCAGAUAUUGUGCAUCUCCCUGCUCUACACCAUCCUAUCCAUGAAUUACCUAGCGCCAUUCCCCCAUGGUAUCUAGUUCCCAUGAAUGACAACGGCCAUCUCCCGCCACGUGUACCCCCUCUGUGUCCAUGGCUCUCCCGUCCAGACUUAGUUAUUGCUUCUCCCCCUCAUCCAUCCCCAUUAGCUCUGCUUUACGGCACCCGGCGAAACUGGCUAGCCGACCAGAUCCACCGCUCAAUUCGACAGCGAGCCAUCAGAGACUCAGAGUGCCUCGCAGUGGGCUGGCUAGCAUACAACUUCAGUAAAUGGCGCGUGUCUCCAAACCCGGAGACGUUUGCGCGUCUGGCAACCUUCCAACGGCCAACACUGGCGCAGCUCCAGCACGGACAUCCUGUGGGACUCGAUCUUCUUCCCUGGCCGCAGCUGCGGUCGAAUUUGGCGCAGACCUGGCACAGGUAUGAUUAUGCCGAACUGACGGGUUAUUUGAGCUGUUGCAUGAAGGUGCGAUGGCCCUGGGGCGAGGAGAUCCUUGAACCCGACGAGGAUGAUAAUAUGCAGAUUCGUCGGAAAUUUGUCGAUGUCUUCACCUGCGAAACGGGAUUGGGCUUGACCGAUGAGUUUAUUAGCAAGUUUCCGGAGCUUUUGGAGGGGAUGGAUAUUGAAACUCUGCGGUUUGAUAUAACGCUGGAAUGUCAAGCUACUUAACUAGCAGCUAAAAUGUAGGUUAUAGAAUUGUUCUUUUUGUGUCAAUCCUGCUUGUCAUUUAGUUUCAGGAUUUAUUCAAGAGCGGGUCUUUUCUUUCUUUCUCACAAACAC